AUUCUGCCGACGGGCUUUGUUCGCGCCUCUAUGCCGAGAGCGUAUCUACAAGAUAUCAGAAAUGCAUGACAUACGCGAGUACUAAAGGACAGCACAGUAGAGAAGUGAGAAAACGGAUGUGAAGAAAAGAAAAAUAGGAACAUGGCAUUUGGAUAAUGGCGUCAGAGUAUCGUGUCCGAGGGAUUAAAAGGAAAAUGAAUUGCAAAGAGUAGAAAAACAUUAUCUGCGUAACCUAUGUUUAAAAAUCAUGGUUGCUAUUAGCGGAGGGCGUCCGAUAUUCGCGUAUAUUUCUAGCGGCGGGGUCACGGCUUCCAGCCGAGAGAUAAACACGGGCAAGGAGGGCAGGCUGAACGACCGCCAUCUUGAGACAAACCUUAAAGAGACGUACAGAGCGAGAGAGAGAGAGAGAGAGAGAGAGAGAGAGAGAGAGAGAGAGAGAGACUAGCAGUACAAAAGUUAGUUCGAAGCGGGGUGUAACACGAAAGAGAGACAAGAGUGUCUAUACGAUUGAGAAUUCUAGGUAGAACGUGGAGGCAAAAAGGAGAGAGCGAGAGAAAGAGAGAGAAAGAGAAGCUACACGAUUCGAAGGGAACGUCGUCGUAACGUAAGGUCUCGCGCGUAUCGACGCCCGUUUAAUAUCGCCAGCUGGCACGUGAAACGGGAAUGUGCUGCUGGCAAUGUGAACGGUGCGUCUGUGUUCAAGUGGGAAAAUUUAUUGCGGAGACGACCGCCACUACAGUCGGUUAUGAAAACAUCGACCUCUCCCCCACCCUCCAACGAUUCUAACAUGGGCUACAAUACACAACGGCGCAGCGAAUGUUGCAGCGUCGCGAAGCCACUGUCGCCGUCGCCCACAGUCACGACGAUGCCCUUCGGGCCUUCUCGCUCUCUCUCUCUCGCUCUCCCACCACCAUCAUUAACCUCUCGCUCGCUCUCGCACAGCCCAGGAAACGUUACCGCUUCCUUCGUCCUUCCUGGGGAUUUUCUUCCCCCCACACCCGACCUUCGUCCUUUCCUCGAUUCUUAUUUUCCUUCGUAUUUUCAUCUACCGCGCGUUGUCUCUUUUCGGUGGAAACGAAAAUCGCCAGACUUAAUAUAGUUUCGCCGCCUCUCGCUGUUUAAUCAAGACCUCGAGAAGAUAACCUUCCGGGCUUAGGAUCGGUCAUUGGGAAGAUCCAAGCUGUCCGACUUGGAAAUAAUGGCUUCAGCCGAACGGGAGACUAUAACCCUUCUCUCUCUCUUCUUCCUUUCUACACUGUCUGCUUGUUUCUCUUCGAUUCCUCACUCUCCUUCGCUAUCUCCCGUUUGAAUUUAAUUAAACUGGACUAAAUCCCGCAUUGCCACCUACGCUGUCCACGCCUUGCUGCUUUCGAAUACCCUGGUGUGUCGCAGUACGAAAUCGUCGAAUGAAGCAACCAGAUGGUUAUUUUCACAAUGAGACACGCGAUAUCCACGAAAUAUCGCCUAGGGUAACUCGACGAGUGUGACGUUACAUUGCGACUCUAAUGGCACCCGUAUUAGAUUGUCACAGGAGAGAUUUUACGGAAUUUCCUAGCGCGUUGUAACGAGAUCCGCAGGUUGAGCGACCCUGGACUCGCGUCACCGUUAGUCUCCUGUCUCUACCUUGCUCUCUUUCCCUCUUCCUUCCUCCCGCAACAACUUAAGCUCUCUCCUCUUUCUCUCCCAAGAACGUUUCUCCAACACCCUCUGCCCCCGACAGUGCUUCCAAUCUUCUUCCGGAUAGCUUUGGGAUACAGAAUGGCUCGCACGUCCUCCGAUGUUAAUGGAUACGUGGGCCGUUGCGGAAAUGGCGAGGACUUGAAGCCAGCAGAAUGGAUCUUCAGGAAAAAGAUGUUCAAUCGUGAAUAGGAAAGAGUCGAGUGAACGUGACUGCAAGAUAAAGAAGGAAAGACACACCGAGAUGUCUGCGCUGAAAAGAAAGAGAGAAAGAGCUAUCUCCUACGUUGGUAUUUCAAAGUCAGGAAAGAGAAUGGCGCCGCGGAAUGAGCAUCACUGGCGAACAAUAACUUCGUGCCGCCGCGAGCUCUCAAAAUGGCUGUCCUCAGCUAUUAUUACUUCGGGAAAAAACAAAUGACGGCGCACUCACGCUACGAGCGCCAUCCAAGGCUCGCGAUCUUCUCACUCUUUUUUCUUCUUCUACUCUCUUUGCUUCGUCGUCGUGGAGGGAUUCCCUUUUUCCCCCAAGUAUCCAUAGAAUCUAACCUACAGUCCCUAACCUCGAGGAGAACGACUGAUCGUGAGUACGACUUAAAUUUGACGCGGAGUCUGGAGUUCUCUCUUUAUCGUAAUCGGGACGAUAAGGAUGACUUUUCGUGUUAUUUGCCACCGAAAAACAAUAUUGCAACCAACCGCGACUUUUAUUUAUCUUCGGUACUUUCUAGGAUUCGCCUGUCACCCUUCCGGUAUCGAUCCAUUUGUUUAUUCCGCUGGUUACGAUUAUUACCAAGUUACCACAGCGAGUAUUAUUCCCAAAUCUGGUCUUUCAUAUCAUAAUAAAGAGAACAGAAUGGCAGAGUGGAAGAAAUGGUCUCAGGACGAUUUCGACGAAAUGGAGGAACCAUCCGUGAUCUCAAUGGAUCCCAAUGAGCGCAAACUCGCCCGGAGGCUUCGGAUUCAAAGACGCCUCGAGGCCUUAAAGAAACAGGAGGGUCCCGAGGAGGAGGAAGUAGUUGAGAAGACGUCAACGGAGAGACAAAUUCUAGCCAGCGCUGAAUUAUUAGAAAAAUUAAUACUAGAAGGAAACGAAGUUAUAUCAAAUGUCCGAGUUGCCAACGAUGCCCGUGAGGUGCAACGACGAAAGGAAGAAAAAGAAAUUCGUAGUAAAUUAUUAUCACGUCUCGAAGAGGAGUCGGAAGAGAGUUUGCAAAAGUACAAACAGAUUAGUAGCAAGUGGCCAGGAAUUUUGGGAUCCAAUGAUCCUCUAGACAUUCACAGCGAGAUGGAAGCUCAGAAUGCUGAUUGUCUUAAAGUAUUCGAAUCGAAAAAUUGUGUGAUAGCUGAAUUAAAACAGGAACUAGAAAACGCUGACGUUAAAUUUUUCGAAGAUCAAGAGAAGCAGAAUGACGAUAUUAAUUUAUUAAUUGAAAGAAUUGACAAUCAAGUCAAUACUAUGGCUAAGGUUUAUCACAGAGAACUCAUUCUAAUUCAAAAUGCAAUAGAUACAGAGCGUAAGGUUCUUCUGAAAGUAGUUUCCAAAAAAUGGGACGGACUAUUCAGACAGAGAAACGAAGAAGAGAUAAAUGGAAUUGAAGAGAGGAAAGAAAUAAUGCAGGAAUAUGAAAAGGAGAUGAAGAGAGUCGUGAUCGAACACCAAGAGGAAACCAGAGCUCAAAAGAUCUGGUUAGAGACGCAGUACGAAAAAUUGCAACAGGACGUUGAGCACAUAAAAUUUCUCUGUAUGAUGAAUAUAGAAAAGUUAGAUUACAGCUAUGCUGUAUUGAAACGUAGAGAAGACGAGAAUACCAUAAUAAAGGGCCAGCAGAAGCGCAGAAUCAAUAAACUCCAGGACGUCAUCAAUGGGCUAAAGAAGAAUUAUGCAGAGCUCGAGGAGAAUACCAAAAUGGAUAUACAAAAAUUAACAGAGCAGGUGAUGAAGGCUCACAAAAAUAUUUUGGAAUUGGAAAGGAAGUCUGAUCAUUUUACUCGGAUAAACGAGAAGCAGUAUUUGCAAAUUUGGGACAUGAAUGCCAAAAAGGCUGAAGGACUCGUAGAGAAAAUUCUCACCGUGGAUAGAAUUAUUCAUGAACAAGCAUUGGGUCUAGAAUGGGAACCUCCGGACGAGCCAUUACUAACGAAAGAGGAUCUACAAUCCUAUCGCAGUGCGACUUCUGCGAUCGAACAAAAAAAGGCAGAGACUAAGGAAACCAUGAAAGUCUGUGAGCCGUUCAAAGUGGCAACGACCCUUCAGGACUUAAAGAUGGAGAGACAAUUGCUGAAUCGCAUCGUCACACAGAUAUCAGAUAAAUCUGGUUUUCUAAUAGAAGAAAAGUUACGUGGAUUGUUAGGAGCAUAUACGUGUAACGAUAAAACCAUUAUCACCCUUGGAAAUGUCUUUCGAGCAUUGGAUAUGAAGUCUGAAGAAGAAGUGGAUUUGCUAUUGAAUUUCUUUCUGCCCUAUGCCUACUGUCCUACAUGCCAUAAUAAGGAGGAAGUCACAUUUAACGAUGAUGAACCAUCUGAUAAGGCAUUUGAGCUGACCAUGUGCCUGAACGAGGAUACUUGCCCUGAUACGUUUGAGGACAACAGAGAAUUAAGUGAGGAUAGCGAAGAUAACCCAGAAUCACGAGGGAGUAAUGAAUCUUCCACUAUUUCUGGCGAAGCAACGUCACAGGAAUUUCACAGCAGCUCGUCGGCUGUACCAAGAAUGGAAGAAUUUGAAUUCAUAAAAGAUGCUGGAACUAAUGAAUUAAGGCAAAGAGAGGUCUCUUGUAAGAAGGGUCACCUCCUGGACAUUCAUCCAGCAUAUGUAAUGAAGGCACUCAAAGAAUUCGUAGCCAAAUAUCACGUCAUCAGACGUGGUGAAGCAACACCGUCGUUCCAGACAAGAUUAACCCAGGAGAAACUGACAGUAUCCCGCAAUCUCACUGUAGAAGAUGUCACUGAAUUUUGGCGACGCUAUAGAGAUAUUUUCUCCACAAAGAAGGAAAAGCUUUGGGACGGUCUUCUGAUAGGACUUCACAAGUACCACGAGAUCCUGAAGGAGAGGCACAGACUCAACCUGGAGACGAAGCGUCUGCGAAGACAGAACGCCGAACUUCGUCGGCUCCUGGAAAUAUACAUGCUAAAGCCUGGGCACGGUCUAGCACCAAUAGAAACAAGAUCAACAAUAAGUUUGGAUUAAAAAGAACAAAGAUAAAACUUUACCUGAAGAAUAUUUUCUGUACGGAGUGAUACCAUAAUUAUAUUUCCUACAUCCUGUGGCUUUACGUGAGAGCAGUGUUAUCUUCUUAUCAGACAUUUUAUUACAUAUACACAGUGCAUAUUUUUUCAAUGAAAAAUUACAUGUAUUGCACAGUACGUAAGAAUUGUAUCCAUCUCUCAGCAAUUUAUAUUCUGCAUUUUCAAUGUCUGUGAUAAAUGGCCCAGG